CGCCUAAUAAGAACGUAAUGACAAGACUUACGACACCUUCUUUUCGGGAGCUUGGGGGACCCGAAGCUCUUCGGAGCGAACUCAAGACUCACUACUACCGCGUAGCGGGUAGGAAAGGAGCAGAGGUAUUUAACCCGGCUUAUCACAGGUUCAGCAAUACAGCAUGAGUCUAUUAAAGAUCCCCUUCGUCGUGGCCUCGGCCAUUGGCACGCAGAUCUCAUUGACUUCUCCCUCGAGUCUGCCCCCGUCAUCUCGAGAGAAGGUGGUGUCAGCAUCCGAUUCAAUCGUCAGCCUGCUUCUAGAUCUUCAGAUUCCAAACGUGUUCAAGAUUAUUGUAUGGACAGCAACAUCUGUUGAAGUGGCCAACAUACUGGCCAUGCAUAUAGGUCCUUCGCAGAUUCCAGAGGGCAUCUAUAAUACUAGCGCUGUGCAGCUUUUGUACGCACUUCAUCCCACGCCAAUCACUCCCGCUCUCGUUGCUGGCAGUCUUUUAGUCACGGCGGGUGGCGUGUUGAGACGCUAUUGCAUGUCGACCUUGGGAAAGUUCUGGAGCUUCCGACUCAGCGUCAAAGACGAGCACAGAAUUGUGACAAACGGACCGUACUCUAUCGUCCGUCACCCAAGUUACACCGGUGUGCUUCUCCAAUAUGUCGGGUUGGUCAUCAUGCACGGGAGCGAAAGGUCGUGGAUGAGGCAGUCUGGCAUUCUACGACUGCCUUACAUGAAAGGAUUAGCAAUGGUCAUCCUCUGCACACUUACAAUAGGCACUUUGACUGUCAUCAAGCGAUGUUCAGUGGAGGACAAGGUGCUGCAGCGUGCUACGGGAGAGGAUUGGGCGAAUUGGGCGAAGAAAGUAAAAUAUAGAUUACUUCCUGGAGUUUAUUGAUGGCAUAGGUGCUGAAUGCUCUGAUUGUAAUGAUUUAGUGGAUUUGUGUCCUAUCUGUGCGCUGGUGGCUACAAGGGAGAUGGUAUGAACUUUGC